AUGCCCCAUCGACUGUAUGAGAGCCGCCGAGAGUGGUUCUGUCAUUUACAGAACGAGCAUUCAAUAUCUGGCGGUGCAGCUGAGAAUAUGAGCUGCCCACUCUGUCUGUCAUCCGUUUCAUCGGGGAAAGAGCUUGAAAGACAUAUCGGUCGACACCUGGAGGAAUUGGCGCUUUUUGCAUUGCCACGAUCCGAAGAAGAUGACAACGAACCUCGAAAUUCCUCCAAUGAAAAUUCCGAUGAGGAUGAACUCAUAGAGUCAAACAUGAUUAAAGAGCCAGAACAGCGACCUGCAGAUCGGGAAGCUCUUGGCGAAAAUGAGGAUGAGCAUGAUUAUGAUGAACCCGAUGUUAUCGCCCUUCGACACCGUGCAACGAUCUAUCCACUCCAUUACUGUGCAUAUUCCAUUGAUGACGGGGAUCUCACCGUCGGUCAACUGAGAAUUGACGCUGCAAAGCUACUAAAAGUCGAGUCUCCCGACUCCAUUCGAUUGCUGUAUAAAGGAAACCUGCUUAGAGAUGACAAACAAUCUUGUAAAGCUGCCAGGCUCAAACAGCAUUCAGAAGUGUUAUGUGUCGUCUCCGAGGUGAAGGUCGAUACAACGCGCAUCGUCGGUAGCGACGAUUCAAGCGACGAUGCACCUCGGGCUCCGUUUCAGUCAAAAGACAAGAGAAAAGUCAGAACAUCUCAAUCUCCUCCAGGUGAAGAUGAAACACAGUUACCUCCCACCCAUCCAUCACGACACACGUCACCCACGCGAGCUCCCAACGCACGUACGCCUUUACCGCCAAACUUGAAAGUAUUACGUACACUAAUGGAGCAAGUCAGUGCUUUGACUAUCUAUCUCCGUCGUGAUAUGACCCCUCUUUGCGAGGAAUUUAGGAGUAACCCACUAUCGGAUAUCGGGAAGCGAGACUUCGAGUACAGGAGGCUGAGCGAGACAAUUCUUGCUCAAGUGAUGCUCAAAGCAGAUGGUAUUGAGCCAGAUAGCGACCCGAUCGUACGCAAUGCUCGUAAGAUUCUCAUCAAAGAAGCCCAGGCUCAUUUAAACAUGCUAGAAGAGGUACCUAGGAAAAGGAUAGGUUCAUAA